AUGGUGACCAGGUGCCUUCCCUCCUGUUGUGCUGCUGGCGGCACUAUGGCGAGUGCCGCUCCCUUCUGUACUUCUUUCUCUGCUGGCGGCGCCAGACGGGCGAGCGGGACCCGCUGGUGUCCCUCUUCUCUCUGUGUCUUGGCUGUACCGGCGAGCGCCCCACGCUGCUCUGUUCCCCUUGCUGCUGACAACGGCGCUCCUCCGACCAACGCUCCUCUCCGUGCCUUCCUUCUGGGCGCCCGUGUGGCUCAGGUGAGUGCGGCUCCUCCCUCCAUCUACCGCCGCGCGCCUGCCUUUGCUUCGGCAAAUGCAUGCCGCCGUCGCUCCAGCCUCCCUGCUCUUGUCGCCUAUCAUACUGGCGGAAGUCACCCACGCCCCAUUCUUCGUGGUGCUGAUCCUUGUCCGGCGUGCGCGACCGCUCCGCCUUCCCUUUGCCAAGCUGCCUUCGCGCAAGUGUGUCUCGAACGCCCUUGUCUGGUGUCACUCGCUCCUGGUGAACGAGACCCCCCUUCGGUCAUUGCCGCCAAUGUCUCCUCCCCGCCCCCGGGGAAGUUCCCCGAAACCACGCCAACGCCCUCUCUUGUCACGGCGCCGUCCUCGAUCUUCCGUAGGGCAGAACACGCCUGCGUCGCGACGGUUUCCGCGAUCCUCGUCAGUUCGGCGCGCUCUCUCUCGCAGCCACGCGUCUCUGUCUGCGCCUCCAAUGUGCGCGGCGUCACCUGGUCCCUUGCCCGUCGAUUCUUCUUCUCGACGGUCUCUUUCAAGGGGGAUUCGAUCCGCGCGGAAGGCCGGCCGGUGUGGCGAUCGCUCCAAGGAUCAUCCUCGUUCACGUGA